UGCUGGGAUGACAGGUGUGGGCUACCAUGCCUGGCAAAGGGUGGACUUUCUUUUAUUACAGGGAAUCAGGCCCAUGCAUCACCCUGCAGGGUGAGCCGGGGUCAGGGGCUGUAGAUCUGGCGACUUCUCCGUCUGGGGUUUUGAUGUUCAUUCGAAGCCCACGCAGUUUCAGGGAGCAUGUAAAGGAGGACUUGCGGCAGAGAUUUGAGGAAUCAGUGGGUCGGGGCCUGAGGAAAGCUAUGAUCCCUUCUCCCCUCGCUGUCCUGUUAAGCCCUAUACACUCUUGGCAGGACCCGAGUCCCAGCCUCUCUUGCCUGCUGGAGGGGACAUCGGAGGGUAAGAGUCAGGCGCGCCCUGGAAAGCCUGGCCAGGCCCUGUCGGCGGCCAGAGCAGGAGCGCCCCGCCUCUUGGGGCUCUCCUCAGGGGCAGUGUCGCCGCCCUUCUCCCGGAUUCCAGCCCCCGCAGCUGGCGGUCCGAAGCUCCGAAGGUGGCAGGAGCAGGGGGCGCCGCGCUUGCUCCGCCUCAGUCCUCAGAGGAAGGGGGAUUCGCUCCCUGCCAGUGGGAGGGGUCGCGGCCCGCGCUCCCCCUCCCCACCGCCAGCCCCUGGUUAAAUGCGGCCGCCGCCUCUGCUCGCUCCAGCUGCCUGGCAGUCCCCACCUAGGGCACGCUGCCCACGCCGUUACCUGGUCCAACUGCCCGGGAGGCUCCGCCCAUCAGCUCCGCUCUGCAGCCGCGCCGCCUCCGAGCCGUCCUGCAGGCUCAGGUUUUGACGUCUCCAUUCUCUGAGCCCCAAACACCAUGAGGGGCCUUCUCUCCUGGCCGCUGGCUAUGUUACUUCUCUUUCUCCAGCCCUGGGAAACCCGGCUCCAGUCUACAGGACCCAGCUGCCAUACUGGGCCCCUGGAUUUGGUUUUCGUGAUUGACAGCUCCCGCAGCGUGCGCCCCUUUGAGUUCGAGACGAUGCGACAGUUCCUAGUGGGCCUCCUCCGCAGCCUGGAAGUGGGGCCCAACGCCACGCGCGUCGGUGUGGUCCAGUAUUCGAGUCAGGUGCAGAGCGUCUUCCCGCUCAGAGCCUUCUCGCUCCGUGAGGACAUGGAGCGCGCUGUCCGCCACCUGGUCCCGCUAGCGCAGGGCACCAUGACCGGACUGGCCAUCCAGUACGCCAUGAACGUGGCCUUCAGCGAGGCCGAGGGCGCGCGGCCGCCGGAGCAGCGUGUGCCGCGCGUCGCUGUCAUCGUGACGGACGGGCGGCCCCAAGACCGUGUGGCCCAGGUGGCUGCGCAAGCGCGCGCCCGUGGCAUUGAAAUUUACGCGGUAGGGGUGCAGCGAGCGGAUGUGGCCUCCCUGCGUGCCAUGGCGUCACCCCCACUGGACGAGCAUGUCUUCGUCGUUGAAUCCUUUGACCGCAUCCAGGAGUUUGGCCUGCAGUUUCAGAAGCGACUGUGCGGGAAGGACCCAUGUGCUGAGUGGGGACAUGGCUGCCAGCACCAGUGUGUCAAUGCCCCAGGAACCUUCUACUGCACCUGCAACUCUGGCUACAAACUAGCAGCAGAUAAGAAGAGGUGUUUGGCCAUUGACCUGUGUGCUGAAGGGACCCAUGGCUGUGAGCACCAUUGCAUCAAUUCCCCGGGCUCCUAUUUCUGUCGUUGCCGAGUUGGAUUUGUACUUCAGCAAGACCAGAGGAGCUGCAGGGUCAUUGACCACUGCAGCUUCGGGAAUCACAGCUGCCAGCAUGAAUGUGUUAGCACCCUUGCGGGGCCACAGUGCCUUUGCAGGGAGGGUCAUGUCCUGCUGCCUGAUGGGAAGAGCUGUCAGGUUAGGGACCUGUGCAAUGGUGUGGAUCAUGGCUGCGAGUUCCAGUGUGUGAGCGAGGGCAUCUCCUACCGCUGCCUGUGUCCCGAGGGGCGGCAGCUUCAGGCAGAUGGCAAGAGCUGCAACCGGUGCCACGAAGGCCACGUGGACCUGGUUCUGCUCGUGGACGGCUCUAAGAGUGUGCGCCCACAGAACUUCGAGCUGGUGAAGCGCUUUGUAAAUCAGAUCGUGGACUUCCUGGAUGUGUCCCCCGAGGGCACGCGCAUCGGGCUGGUACAGUUCUCCAGCCGUGUGCGCACGGAGUUCCCACUGGGCCGCUACGGCACGGCCGCGGAGGUGAAGCAGGCGGUCCUGGCGGUGGAGUACAUGGAGCGCGGAACCAUGACCGGGUUGGCGCUGCGCCACAUGGUGGAGCACAGCUUCUCCGAGGCGCAGGGCGCGCGGCCCCGAGCCCUCAAGGUGCCUCGAGUCGGCCUCGUCUUCACCGACGGCCGCUCCCAGGAUGACAUCUCGGUGUGGGCAGCUCGCGCCAAGCAGGAAGGCAUCGUCAUGUACGCUGUGGGUGUGGGCAAGGCGGUGGAGGAGGAGCUGCGCGAGAUCGCCUCGGAGCCCGCUGAGCUGCACGUGUCCUACUCCCCGGACUUCAGCACCAUGACGCACCUGCUGGAGAACCUCAAAGGCAGCAUCUGUCCGGAGGAGAGCGUGGGCGCCGGGACAGAACUUCGGAGCCUUUGCGAGUGCGAAAGCCUCGUCGAGUUCCAGGACCGCACGCUGGGGGCGCUCGAGAGCCUGACGCAGAACCUGGCCCAGGUGACCGCGCGCCUGGAGGAUCUGGAGAACCAGCUGGCCAACCGGAAGUGAGGGUCGCGGGUGGCCUGGACCCGGUGGGGACGCCCCGCGGGGCAGAGUCCCUGGCCUGGACGGUCGGGGGA